AUGGCCCACUACGCCGUGGCGCGACUUGCCUUCCUCGGGGUUCUCUGCGUGGCUCUGGGAGACAGCAACGCGUGCCUGUCGUCCAUCCAGGUUCGAGACGGAUUCAUUUCCGACGCAGAGGCCCAGACCCUGCUGAAGGACUUCGAGGUGACGGAGUCUCCUCAGCUGCUGUGGGGCCACACGGACAUCCAGCUCCGUCUGAAAGAGGUGCUUGGUGGUGCCAAACCGAAGUUCAACGCCUCUGCCAACUUCAUCCCAGCCAUCCGAAGGAUGGGGAGUGUGGGCAUGCACCAGGACCAUGGCGACUCACACAGCUUGCGUGGGACUCAGAGGGUGAAAGUCAACGGCACCUCCGGCACGGUCUACUUGGAGUCGGCGCCGGAUGGGGGCAGCGUGGGGUGGAUGACCUUCGUGGACCCCGACACAGAUGCCGUGCUCAAGCGCGUGGAGGCCUUCGCGAAGCGCUUCAUCUCGUGGGACAACCGUGCCUGCCUCCACGGCUUCGACGCACGCGGCGACACCCUCCGGCACUUGCUCGGGCCUGUCGCGCUGGACGCCAACAGCGACCUUUUCAGGGUGGCCGGGGAGCCGGGCCCAGCACCUCCGCCACCUCCGCCACCGAAGGCAUGCCGAAGCUGGUGCUGGCUCUUGCAGCCCAGGGUGAAGGUCUUCCAUUUCGUCAAGGAAUGUCAAGGCUGUGUGUCCCCCACGCUCACCCAGACGAAGGAGCAGCCCAUCCGUCGCGCGAACGCCUCCGAGCAUGCGGACCCGGUGCACUUCAUGCAAACCAGCUCGCAAUCCAGGCAGAGCAGGGAGGAGCUUUAA